GCUAGUUUUAGUUUCAGUUUCAGGUAUUGUAACAGAAUUUAUCAUUAAGUGUUGAGUUUUAUUACUGAUACAAACAUGGUGAUUUUGGAGCUCUUUUUGAAGUUAAUUUGUCUUCUUGCGUUCCUCCGUGUGAAAGGUUUGGAAUUACAAAGACCGACUCUGACUGCGACCUGGAUACCUAAGGAUCAAACCAUCACACUGACUUGUCACAUUAACGGGGGAACGGCUCGCUCAGUUGGCUGGUACAGGAACCAAGGUCGAAAGGUCAUCUCCGUUGGUCAUGUCAACAACACCUGUGAAACAAGUCCUCCUGAGCUGCCGUUUUCUGCGAAGUGUCUGUGUUUGAAUAGUACAGUGUUUAGUUGUACGCUGCCAGUGGAGCCGUCAGUGCAUAGCAGUGAUGAAUGGGAAUGCUCGUUUGCAGAUAAUGGGUUAUCUAUCAAAAGCAACGGAGUAAGGAUAAGUGGGUCCAACGUUAGCCAGACUACAACAGGUAAAGCCUUCGGAAAGAUGGCUGACAAUACUGAUGCUGGCGACGGUAACUGUCUUGUGGAAGUGGAUGGGAAGGGUGAAGUCAAUCUUACAUGGACAACUGGAAAAAGAUAUCAACUCAUGGAUGCUCUUGGCUACGGAAAAUUGAUUGCCAACUACGGUCUUGUACACCAUAACGCCCAUCUCUACUCCAAAAAUGAUCCAAAAAUGUAUGUAUCAUUUUAUUUGGAAAAUGGAACUUGUCAAUUAACGAUAUAUGGAGUGAAGUAUCCGUUAACGGUUCUGAUAAUUGGUACUGACAUUGAUAGCGUCAAAGUCAAUGGUAGACCAGUAACGAUCUGCAAGAAUACUUCGUCAGUAUGGCUACAACUUAAAGAAAUAGAAUCGGAGUCCCGAGACAUUGGUUUGUCAAAGGGUUUUAUUGCUGGCAUAGUGAUUGGUGCAAUCCUUGCUAUAAUAUUACUUGGCAUUGGUAUUGCAUGGAAGCUCAGCGACAAGAAAGCAUUUUCCUUAACCUUUUAUAGCUCAACUGGGCACGAGGUGCUAGAGGUGAGCUAUUGUGAUCGUCAUGUGUCCGUCGUCGUCCAUCGUCCGUCGUCAACAAUUUGA